AGCCGCCCUGUCUGCUCACUGGCUGCUCAGCCUUUACCGCAUGAGAGUCCGUUCACAGGUCUGACAGCCGGGACCGAUCACCGGCCACUAGGCGACUGGACAUCUCAGUGUGCGGAGAUAACGGUAACGGGACCGGGAGAACUCAGUGGGGACUUUACGCACGGAUGCGUAUUGGUGAAGCGAUGGAAUACAUUGAAAGGACUCGGACACUGUGAAAGUUGCAUUUUGUUUCCGAGCCAGACAUGGGGACGCAAAUGAAAACACAGUUAACCACAAUAAAGUCGCGCAUAAUUCCCGCCUGGGUCUGAGGUGCAGCGGAGGAUGACACGUGCACCCCAUGGCGAGGAGCCACGCGUUGUUCCACCUUCGGCAUCUUUGAAGAUUCGCUCAAAGCUUCUGCUACCGUGACUGUCUGCCUCCUGCUCUGCAAACAGAGGUCACUGUCCUGCUCGCUGCCAUCACCAGUCGCUGACUGUGGCUGCAGAAACAGUGCAUUUGUUGCGCUCCUGUGUAUCUUUGCACCAGUGAGGACUGCGGCAAAAAAACACACCCGGACAACUGGAGCACACAGGUAAAGCCUCUGCAGCCAUAGUGAAUUAAGCUGCGUCUACCAUUCAGCUCACCUUGACAUGUCAGCACUGCUCACCUCUUCAUGUUGGUUCCCUGCUGAGAGCUCACAUCUUCUGGAUAUUAAAGAAUAAAAGAGAACGCAGAGUCUCUACAACACCAGUAAGGCAGGAUAAUCUCUGAAUCACUGGCUUGCUAUGGGCACUGUACUGUCACUUUCCCCUGGCUCUCGCAAAUCAGGGUACUAUGACAACCGGCCAGGCUUGCUUAGUCACUACCCGAGCCUCAGCAGCCGCUCUCUCAACAGCCAGAAAGACCGCAGGCUAAAGAGGGGCCAGUCCAUCUUCCUCCCGGCGCUCACUUGGAAGCGACUUGUGGCCUCCACGAAGAAGAAGGGCAACUCUAAGAAAAGCACUGAUGGUCAAGUUGCCCUCAGGGACCCCCUGAACAACAACAACAACGUCUACCAAAAGGACCCCGUGCUGCACCUCAACUGUGAGAAUGUGAAGAAGUCGCUGUCAUGUGCCAACCUGUCCAACUACGAGGGCCCAGCAGGACUGGGUCUGGGACUCAGCUAUGGGCUGGGGAUGGGUCAGGGGCAUGGAUUUAGCUACAGCAAAUCCCAGCAGCUUUCCUCUGUGAAAAAAGGCCCCCAGGGCCUGGUGACAUCAUCGCCUAAGCGUGUUAUUGUCCAGGCCUCCACCAGUGAGCUCCUGCGCUGUUUGGGGGAGUUCCUGUGUUGUCGCUGCUACCGCCUGAAGCACCUGUCUCCGGCUGACCCAGUGCUCUGGCUGCGGGCUGUGGACCGCUCUCUGCUGCUGCAGGGCUGGCAGGAUCAGGCUUUCGUCACACCAGCCAACGUGGUCUUCGUCUAUAUGCUGUGCCGAGAUGUAGUGAAUGGCGAGCUGGUGGCAUCAGAGCAUGAACUGCAGGCUAUCCUGCUCACCUGCCUCUACCUGUCCUACUCCUAUAUGGGCAACGAGAUCUCGUACCCACUCAAGCCCUUCCUGGUGGAGGCAGGUAAGGAGGCCUUCUGGGACCGGUGCCUCACCAUCAUCGACGCCACAAGCUCAAAGAUGUUGCGCAUCAAUGCAGACCCGCACUUUUUCACCCAAGUAUUUGCUGAACUCAAGAGUGAAGGUGGCUGUGGCCCUCAGGACUAUAGUCGGGUUCUGGAUCGGUGAGAGGAGGUUUGAGCACCCGUCCUUACUGAUUGUAAGCCUUUUGCUACACUCAUGCACACAGACACACGUUUGUCUCCUACAGAUUGCUCUCUAGUCAUUCUGCUCUCCUGCAGGAGCAAUGAAGGACUUCUUCAGAAUAGACUUAUUUAUUCACCCCCCACCCCCCAUGUGCUUGUUGCCUCUCCAUCCACAGACAGGAAUCAGGAAUGAAAACAUUUUGCCCCAAAGAGAUUUUCUCUGAUAAUUGGCACAUAAACACAGGCUUACAUUUGCUUAUUUUGACUGGAAUAUCCAACUGAGUUUAUAAGGAGGAACCAUUUGGUCCACCUGUCCCAUCUGACUCUGUGUGCCUGGUCCCCGUUAUCCCAGCUGCCCCUCUGGAUGAGCACAGCUGGACAUCCCAGCAUCCUCUCUUACCUACCUGAAUGUCAGUCAGUGUGUACCAUGCAGGAAAACACCCUCAUUCAUGACACCAUCAAGGAUUUUUCUCUGGUCAUUUUGUAAACAUGGAUUCAACUAACAGUUUAAUCAGGAGUAAAAUACUCCACUGAGGCCAAGUCAUUUUCCUGGAUAAUACAAGGAGACAUCUUGAUGUCCACUGCUGGCUAAGACCCAAGUGCCAGCAGUGACAGCUGACUCAGACUGAUGGGAACAGCUGAGAGGUCCAUGUUAGGUCCUGUGCUGUGUAAUCAGCAAAGCAAAAUGAGCAGACAGUGUCUUGUGGAGCCUUUUGAGGGUCCUCUGGUCUGCAGGCACAGUUGCUGUUUUUACCAGUAUUCACUCAAACCUACCAGUAGACCGAAGUCCCUGCUGUGUUUUAACGCACAGGGCCGUGUUGGCCGGGGAGGUGAGGGGUUGUAGAGGGAGUGUUGCAGGUGUGUGCAAUACGACCACAUUGUGAUGAGUCGGCAUGACUGGCUUCAUUCAUGUUUUCAGCCCAGGAGUUUCCAUUGAAUUUUUGUUAGCCAGGCUGCUAACGUAGCCGACUCUACCUUAGCACCAAUUCUACCGACCGGUGUGUCGGCAUUAAUAGAUUAAAAAAAAAAAAAAAAACUUUUCUCAUUUGAUACCAACGAAAAUGCAUGGAGUGUCAUUAUGGUGCAUUAAUUGUGGCCCAGAUUCGGCAGUGAAUAGCCUCUGCCCCUUCUUGUCCACUCGGCAGCCCUGCAAAGCUCCAGUGACUAAUCCAGACCAGACUGGACCAGGCUGGACUUUAAACACACACACAUUUAAAUACCUCAUUGUGUGCGUGUUAAUCUCCUCAGGGCAUGAUUAAAACACAAGUGGCUGAGAGCGACCCAGGUAGGAAUAACACAUGGAUGCUAUCGUGGCUGAACGGGUUUAUUGUUGCCAAGAGGCUUUUGGUUAUCUCCAUCUAGUCCUAACCUCAUCUUGCAUCUCGUUAUUCAAUAUUCCCUUGAAUGAAUAAUUGGCAUUUGUGCUUCAGUGGCUUUAAUUUCUAUUUCCCAUGGGGUUUAUUGUGCAGAGGUGGGUCACAGAUGAGUCCAUUGUUAUAUCUUGAGUAUAUGGAUAUUUUUGACAGCAGAUCAGAUUAAAUACAUUUAUAUUACUAACAUCUAAUACUUUAGUUUCCUGCUGCAAGUUUACAGUUCAACUUCCAGUGCCGACUGCUCAGAAAAUGCUUCCAGUAGUAGAAAGUAGAAAUGGGAGAAAAGCAAAGAUUCAUAGAUUUUAUCUUGGACUGCUGCAUUAGAGCUUGGCUUUCCUUUUUUUUUUUUUUUUACAUUAAAACAAACAGAUGGUGAGCUCUGCCUCCAGUACAGGACAGUUUUCAGGCUUUUUGGCUUGUGUCACCUUAAAAUGAAAGAGUUAAUGGUUGCAUGUGUUUUCCAGGUACUAGUUUAACUGAAUAGUAAUUUAUUAUUUGUUUGAUUUGGAUACUUUUUAAAGUCACAUUUAACUCCUUUUGCAGACCCCGGCCCUUAGGUUGGAAGCAGCUGCUGUUGCAUGUUGCUGGUUUAGGAAGCUGCUCUGAGUCUAAAACACAAAUGCCUGACUUCUACUGUACCACCAUGCAUUGCUCACAAUAGCGUGUGGUACAGCCUUAAUCUUAUUGAGUUCGGGCAUCUGGAGGUUGCUCCCUCCUCCGUGUGGCAGUCUCCUGCACACUUUGCUGUAAUGCUACAGUAUAAACUCGCAUCAUAUGAUACACAUGCAUCCCAUCUGACCUUUACCCACGUGUGCAAACAAAAACUGUGGUGGAUGUACUCUCUUCAGGUAAUCCAGUCUUAAUCCGCCCACCCAAUCAAAUAGAGAGAGGGGCUGCAGGGUGAGAACAUGAGGAAAAAGUAUAAACAGUUCAGAAUCCGAUGAGAUUUGGCAUCAUACUUCUCGUGAGGUUUUGACCCUUGGCUCAAAUCCUGCUGCCACAAACUGGAGGCUGAGAGUGUGGCCCUCAGCGGGGCUUACAGGAGUAAAGCCUGCCUGAAUUCACACCAACCACUGAGGAAUGAGGGCAGUGACUCACGCUCAGAGUCAAGUAGUGAAAAACCCUUUCUGUCUUUUUAUCUUGAGCCUUGACUGUCAGCAGUUUCAGGCUCAUUGUUGCCGUCAGUGCAGCUCUCUCUGGCUUGGCCCCAGCUUCGACAAGGACACUUGUGUCUUGACUCAACCGCCUCCCUCCCCUUCCCCCCUCCAACCCCAGUUCCACACACACACUCAGCUGUUGUUCCUGGCCUGUUUCAUUAGAUUUGACACCCAGUGCCCGCCAGCUAUUGUCAGCACAAGGAAGGGCAGAAUGGGACUAUUUGUUGUGAGUCGGUUGUGUAUGUGUGUGAAUGUGGGUCAAAGUUAAAGGCAGUAUCUGCUUCCACCAUCCAUCACCUGUAGACCUGGAUGUUAUUAAAUCAGAAGAUGCAACACAGCAUGUCCAAGUGAUGCUGAUGUUAACUCAACGUCUUGAUGUCAGUAACAAAUAAGAAAUAAUCUGCUGCAGGUUUCCUUUGCCUUUAAUGAAAAACAACCUUUUUCUCAUACAGUCUCAUCAGUACCAUUUGUCAAAUGUGUCGUAAUUUGGUCUUGAUCAAAAUGGCAGCUGUCCUGUUUCAGUACCUCUGUCCAAGCGGCUCGUAUCUCACCUGGAGCUCUAACUCUGUCCAUCCAAUCAAAACCUUCAGCGUGACUCCUGUGCUCUCACACCUGACUGACACAUGAGGUCUGUGGCAUCUCUGUGGAUAAUUUAUGACUCUUGAUACAUAUAGAAACAUGACAAUAAGUUUAAACUGAACCUUAUUCUGUGGAUGUGCCCUCCAUCUGGGACUUUGACAACUGCUUUAGAGAAUAUUUCCGAUGGGCCUUGGACUGGCUCUGGUUUGGAGACCUUUGGGUUUGUGUGAACAGUGUGAUAAAAGUUCGUAAGGAUAAAUGUGGUGUUAUUCUGUUACUGUCAACAAGUCCCUAUUUGUGUUUAUUAAAGACAACAAUAUUUAGAUGUGUAUCAUGAAUGUAAACUUUUAAAAAGGGGGAAACACUUUCUUGAAAAACAAAAAAGCAAACAAACGGGAGUAAAAAGUUCAUUUGUUGGGGACUAUUUUCAGCUGUGGAUGAAUACGCAUUUGGUGUCUUGAGUAUAUACAGCAGUAGGAUGGUGUAUUUGAGACUGACAAAAAAAAAAAACUACAGUGCCCACAUUUAUUGUAAUAAUGUGAUGCAGUACAGUGGUGUGGCUCCGUGAUUCUGGGCAGAAGAUAAGGGUUAGGAGAUAAAUUAACUGUUAUUGUUUUCAUGGGAUUUGUUGACAAUAAGAGAAAUAUAAAAUACAUCACCAGGCUUAUCCUUUAAGCCACCACAGCUCUAUGAGUUGUGUUAUUUCAGUAUGUUGCUGCUGCAGGUUGUGAAAUUUCACCAUAGACUGAUGAUGUAAAUAUGUGGGUGUGCAAUAAAAAGAGCUGUUAAGAAUGAAAAAAUUAAUAAAAAGAAAUAGACUUGCUGUGUAGUAGCAUGCCAGAUAGUUUAGAAAUGUUUUUUUUUUUUUUACCUCUACUUUUGUUAGAUUUUUAUAUGUGACGCUUUAAAUAAAUGAUUGUUUCUUUGGUAACUUAGAUAUUCCUUCACAGGAAACAUGACGUCAACAGUAUUAAAGUCUUUUAGGUCUGUUCAUGUUUAGAAACAGAAAAAAAGCUCUCACUGUCUCAAGCUCGGUCCUGAAAUAGCAAAGCAUGUGAAUUCAUGUGAACAGAACUAUAACAUCUUUUAUUUUAGACUCAGCCUGACCGUCUCACGUCUGACUUUAUCUGUCACUGUGCUAAGUUAAAUGUGGCCAUUUGGAUGUUUUUAAACCUGAGCUCAGCCUGUUUUGUAGCUACAAAGAGAACACCAUUUACUGCAACAAGAACUUCACUGCCCCUUAGAUUCACAGUGCACGUAUACAGUAAGACCGUCAGUAGCCUUUCUCAUCAAUGCACCAGCUGGUGAGACAAAGACGGUCUUUGUACAUGUAGCAUGCAUUGCAGGCAGUUCCAGCUUAGACGCAAAAAGAAAAGCAUUUCCGUUUCCUUAAGAAAUUUCACAAACUUCACACUCAUCACAACGCCUCACCUGCGUUGUGUCAUCACUGGACAGAUGUUAAUACAGAGGUAAACCUCUUCCUGCAUCACUGUAACCAUUGAGCCAAAAUGAAGAGAGUGACUUUUGUAAAGUCACCAAAGAGUGUGUGUAGUUCUAAAAGUAAAAUACUGUUGAUGGGAAAAACUUGAAGAAAAAUAAAUGUGACUUUCAUUUUUUCAUGUUUUCUUUCCUUUUUCAUGAUGAUGUUUACUACACUAUGUUGAUUAUUUAAUAAAGUAUUGAGCCGAAA